GCUCAGCAUAGGUCUUGGUCUUGGGAUAAUUUUGUAGUGUCUAAAUCUAGACCUCUAGUCGAAGCCUUACGAGCUUAAAAUAUUAAGAUAUUUAGUAUUUAGAUUUAGAAUCUAGAUUUAGAUCCAUAGGCAAUGGCUACUGGAUGCAAGUUAACUGUUUCAAUAAUUCAAUAGCUAGGCCUAACUAUUAAGCAGAAGCUGCUAAGUCUGCAAGUAACUGACUCUCACUCAGUCCUACUCAACUGUGACUCAAGUUCAAUGCAAAAGCGGAUUAUAUAUGCUGUAUUCCUGAGUGGUUACCCUGGCCUUGAAGUUUAUCAGAGCUAAAUUCAUAUCUCAGGCAAAUUAUAUUCUUCAAUUUAUAGAAAGUAGUCUUAGUAAAACAGAAAGAAAAUCACGUGGCUCAAAAAUGACAGAAUCAUUGAUUGCUUUAGUACCUGAGCUUGGGCGCAGUAACGUAAAAAUUAAAGAUCAUGAAUUUGUUGAAAAGGCAAUCAGAACAAUGAUGAGGGAUGCACAUCAUAAGCUUCAGGUGGUGGCAGAUUUUGAUCGUACGCUUUCAAAAUACUCUGAAAAUGGGAAGAUAUGUAACACGACACACAGUGUUCUAGAGGAAAGCACCCUCAUGCCUGACUCUUUCAAAAUAGCGGCACGCAAACUCAAGGACACCUAUCUGCCCAUAGAAUUUGAUCACAAUCUUUCUAUAGAGGAAAAAAUUCCAAAAAUGAUUGAAUGGUGGAGCAAAGGUCAUGAAUUGAUCAUUGGCUGUUCUCUCUCACGAAAUAAACUAGAGCGCAUAGUGGCUCAGUCUGAAGCUCGCUUGAGAAAUGGAUGCAAAUGGUUCUUUGAGGAGCUGCAUGAACGUGACAUCCCAAUCCUGAUCUUUUCUGCUGGUAUAGGGGACAUAAUUCACCUGGCAAUAUCUCAGCAAGCCCAGUUUCAUCCAGAGAAUAUGAAAAUUGUUUCCAAUUUUCUCACGUUUGAUGAAAAGGAAAUUGUGGUUGGGUUUGCUGAUGAGAUCAUACACACGUUCAACAAGAAUGAGAACGCUAUACACUCAAGUGAUUAUUUCUUCAACAUCAAACACAGAGAAAAUCUUCUACUGAUGGGGGACUCUGUUGGUGACCUUCGCAUGGCAGAGGGUGCUGAUCAUGUAGAGUGUAUCCUGAAAAUAGGUUUUCUUAAUUUUAAGGUUGAAGAAAGUCUAGAGCUGUACAUGAACAGUUUUGAUAUAGUCAUAGUAGAAGAUGAAAGUUUAGAUGUUGUGAAUGGCAUUAUGAAAGCUAUAGUUGGAUCAACACCUUAGUUAUAGGUGUAUUCAUUACAACACUGUAUUUAUUAGAUUUUUGGUGCUCCCAAAUUUAUAAUGAAUGUGUGCAGAUUUUACCAACAUUUUGAUCCUUUUGUUUUAGACUUUCAGUAUUUAGUGAACUAAAUUAUUUAGAAAGCUACGAAUAGUCUCCAAAAUAAUUUUAUAUAUGUAUCUACUUUACUAAAAAUACAUCUAUACAUAGAAAUAUAAUAUGUAGUGCAACUAAAAUUGUUUAGUAAAAGGUAUUUAGUUUUAUAAAUUGUGAGUUUGUUCACAGUAAAAUUUUGAUAUUAUAACUUGAUUCUAAAACACACGGAUUGCUGUCAAGAGUGAGUGAUGCUGAGUGUUCUACAUGAAUCAAUUACCCACUGCCACUAGAAUAUGCUUAAUUCCAUGUUUUUUCCAUGCCUUAAUGUUGUACAAUCCAUUUCAUAUAUUGUGAUAACUUAACGCUGUUAUAUAACACUUUUAUAAUUAUUUUUUUAACUUGCUAAAACAUUUAUAAAUGUGAACUGUAAAAAAUGUCCUUACCUUACCAUUUGUCAACAUUUCUAGGUUUUUGGUUAAAUUUCAGUUUUUCCUAUUCAAAAUGUGUAUAUCUAUGUUAGAUAUUUUCUCCCUAAACAAUUGUUUAUUAAUAGCAAAAUAGUAACCCAUUCACAAUUCCAUAAUUUGAGCUGCUUUUCACAAUUGUAUAUGUUAACAAUAUUUUUUUUCAAAGUCAUGCCCAUCUUUUUGUUAUGCUUAAUGUAGCAUAAAAGUGAAUCUUAGAUCUCUGAUCCUGUAGUCAACCACCUUCUAACAAUAAAUCCAACUGUUACAAGUGAA